AUGUCUGAAUCAAACGAAACUGAGCGGCAGAAAUGCUUUCGGGAGUUGCAACAGACCAUGCAACAUCUCGCUGAGUUGGAGAACAAAGAUGGAAGCUCAUCACAAGGGGGCCAGCAGCCCGGUACGGAUUCUAUUAACACGUCUGAAAUACUGGCUCUAGGAGCGAGUCUCAAGGAGAAUUCAACAGCUGCAGAAUUUUUUGAAAUCGCGGCUCGAAUUCAGUCGGAAAUCUUCAAGAACGGCCUGGUCUUCCACGUCCCCGGUACUGCCGAGCCUGAUGGUGGCCAUUCUGCUCGCUCGGGACCUGACACAUUCUCGGGAUGUGCUACCAACGGCAACAACAAGGAAUCUGAGAAGGCGGAAAACACACAAGGGCUCGCAACAAGCGUAGCCGACACUUCCCGCAUCCAAGAGCCUAAGGCCAGCAAUCAAAUGUCAGCCGAGGAUGUCACCAGCGCAAGUGAUGAGAAGGCGACAAACGGCGCAACCGAAAACGAACAGAAGUGA